UCAGUUAGUCUUUGGAUUCUUCGGACUGCAGUUGUAUCUCGUCUACGCGGAAACAUUUCAGCUGGUCAUCCUUCAUCGGAAAUAUUAGAAAGAUGGAUCUAAACGGAUGUGGUUUUAGUGAUCCUCAAGCACAGCUGAGUUUGGCGCUGGCUAAAAAGGACAUACGUGAAUUCCACGAUGCACUGGACAAAGGAGCACAGCCAAAUCUGCAGGAUGAGAGACACACAAGUAUUUAUCAGAAAGCACUCUCCACAGCAGGAUGUGCGGAAUUCAUUGAAGCCUGCCUGGAUCAUGGCUCUCAUGUGAAUUAUAUCAAUCAAAAAGACAACAAGGCUGCGAUUAAUUAUGCCGCCGACUCGAGGGAUCCUCGCAAUCUGGAGGUGCUCCUGCGUCGUCCUGGCGUCCAAGUAGAUCGCAAAUAUGGACAGUUGACGCCACUCAAUUCACUGGCCAAGAAUCUCACCGCGGAUAAUGUGGAUGAGGUGCGUGCCUGUAUGCAGAGUCUCCUCGAAUAUGGCGCCUCUCCCAAUGCGGUGGAUCAGAGGGAGAUGACACCACUGCAUUAUGUGCUAAAGAACAACAAGAUUAAGGCUGCCAAACAGGAGCUGGUGCUUUUGUUUUUGGCUCAGCCCAAACUAGAUAUCGAUAGUUAUCGGAAUGGAGAAGUGCGUCAGUUGUUGCAACAACAAUUUCCGGAAAUGCAGCUGCCACAACAAAGAGAUACCACCGGGGAAGGAGAGAUCGACUGUGAGCGUCUAAUGCGACAACUCAGAGAUGGUGAGGAGUCACAAUUCGAGCAGCUGCUGGCGGAGCAUCAGCUCAACAUCAGCGACAAGGAUAAUCUGCGGAAUAUGACGCAGGAGCAGUAUAUGCCACUGCUCCAGGAGUCCAUCAAGCGGGGAAAACAACGCGCCUUUGAGGCGAUUCUCAACACGGGCAUCAACAUCAACAAGAAGCAUCCAGGAGAGGCAACUUUACCCAUAGAGCUCUCCAUCAUCUGGGGAAACUGGCAGGCAUUGGAGAAACUACUUCAACACCCAGAGCUCAAAAUAUCGCCAGGUGAUUCCCUGCUCACCAGAGUGAUCAGCAGGCUGGAGGAGCCACCGCUGGAUGAUUUCUGUGACCAUCAGCGUUGCUUUGAGCUCCUGCUCUCCAGCGAUCACGUCGACAUCAAUGAGGCGGAUCCCUCUGGCCAAGUUCCACUCCAUUUCGCCGUCAAGUAUCGCAACACGAAGGCGGCACAGACAUUGCUCCAUCAUGGCGCAUACAUUGGAGCCAAGAGCAAGUUCCAGGAGCUGCCCAUCCAGGACAUGCCGCCAGAGUUGCUGGAGCAGCACUUUGACUCCUGUGUGACCACAAAUCAACAGAAACCAGGUGUACAGACCUUUGAGAUUAUUAUGAAUUAUAUGAAUCUGAUGCGCCAGGAGAAACCGGGCCAAGGAUUGCAAUCGAGUAAAAAGCUGCAGGACGAGAUGACACCCAUUGCCCACAUAGCCGAGUCCAAGGAGCUGCGUCAUCUGCUGCAGCAUCCACUGAUCUCCAGCUUCCUCUUCCUCAAGUGGCAUCGCCUAUCCGUCAUCUUCUAUCUGAAUUUUCUGCUCUACACGCUUUUCACCAUCUCGAUCAUUGGUCACACUCUUCUCAAAUUCCAUGAGAGUGAUCACAAGGCUUUGUCUGCACUUUUUGGACUGUGCUCCUGGAUUGGCAUUGUCUACCUCAUUAUUCGGGAGAUUAUUCAGUUUGUCAUGUCGCCAGUGUUGUACUUCUUCUCGGUGACAAAUCUCAUGGAAUUGGCGCUCAUUAUCUUUUCAAUUCUCACCUGCCUGCAGUCCAGUUUUGAAGAGGAACCUCAACGUGUUCUGGCCGUGUUGACUGUACUUUUGGUGGCCGUGGAAUUCUGUCUGCUUGUGGGUUCCCUUCCCGUUCUCUCCAUCUCGACGCACAUGCUCAUGUUGCGUGCUGUGUCCAGCAGUUUCAUCAAGAGCUUUGCCCUCUACUCCAUCUUUGUGCUCACCUUCAGCUUGUGUUUCUACAUACUCUUUGGCAAGUCCAAAAUGCAGGAAGCUGCGGCAUCUUCAGAGGAUGGUCACUUUAACUCCUUCUCGGUUCCCAUUGAGGCUUUGAUCAAGACCAUCGUCAUGUUGACGGGUGAAUUCGAUGCUGGAGAUAUUAAAUUCGAUAGCGUUCCCACUUAUCUGAUCUUCCUGCUCUUUGUCUUCUUCAUGACAAUUGUACUCUUCAAUCUGCUCAAUGGUCUGGCUGUUUCCGAUACACAGGCCAUCAAAGCCCAGGCGGAGCUGAAUGGCGCCAUCUGUCGGACCAACACCUUGAUGCGCUAUGAACAAGUGUUGACCGGUCGAAAUGGACGCACUGGAUUCAUAGUCAACAGUCAACCCUUCCGCACGAUUUGCCAGCGAUUGAUGAACAUAUAUCCCAACUAUAUGUCUGUGCGCCAGAUUUCCAUACUGCCCAACGAUGGCAACAAGGUGUUGAUUCCCAUGAUGGAUGUCUACGAGCUGAAGGAGCUGAGCAAUGGAAAUGGCAAGAGCAAGAAGAUAAACAUGGCCAGUUUCCAACCAUUGGCCACAAAUGCCAAAUCGGAGCAGCAGAAGAAACUGCUCGAUCCGCCAUUGAAAUUGCUGCCCUGCUGCUGUUCCCUGUUCAGUGAUAAGUGUUCCCAGAUCGAUAACAGAACUGUUAAGUUGGCACUCGCUGUUAUCGAUCAGAAGUCGAAUGCAGAACUGAAGCGUCAGCGGGAACAGAUCACCGAGAGGCGUCUCCAGCAGAUGGAACAGAAAUUGGAACAAGUUUUACUGUUGCUCCAUCAGGAGAGAAAUUAACUGUUCCCACAUAUCAACAGUAUUUAAGGACUCCGCAUUUACUCGUAGUUUUUUGCAGUGUUACCCGAUUCGUCCUAUUUUUAUGUUAAUCAAUCCAUUAUCUUGUAGUCAGAAAUUGUUUUAUUAACAUACGAAUAUAUAAAUAUAAUUAAAUUUAACAAAACCCUUAUGAGUUAUAAACUGAAUAACUGAAAUAAUCACUAUUAUAAUAGUA